GUGCAACAAAUUGCCGCUGCUGCGAUUCGUCACACAGCCGCUUGUGGAGGAGAGACGCCGGCCAAGUCGAUGCUGGAUCGGAUGGCCAAGAUUGGCACCUGUGGAAAGCAUGCCUCGAACGCAGAACGGGACCUACACCAAAUUUUGAAGAACCUUCAAUUCAAGGCGCCGAUCGAGUGUGUAAAUGUGCGUUUCGUGACGCCCAGCACAGCUGAGGUCAAGGCCGUACAGUUUCCUUGUCUUUUUCCGGACACUUUUGCGCUGGAAAUUUGGCGGAUGGGCGAAGCUUAUUUCAGAUAUUUCUUUCUGGGGAAUCAGGACUCCAGUAGGCUGUGGCAGCAUGUGGAGCAAACCGCAUGGGGAUCCCAAAUGCUGGCAAACGCCCGCGGAGAUCGGUCCAAAUUGAUCCCCGUCACGUGCUACGGGGAUGAGAUUUAUACAUACAAGAACAGCGAAUGCGGAGUGGUAGCUGUCCUGGCCUGGUCGACGGACUACCUCACAGCCGAACACGGCCCUUUGGAGCGAUACUUUCCGAUCGCCACCUACGCGCAAUACUUGGAGUGUGAGGACACCUGGGCGGACUUGAGCAAAGAAGUGGCAGACCGAUUUCGAUCUCUGGUAGCCAAAACAGAUUGGCCAUGGUGUGACAAAGGCUACCAGUUCACGUUCAGCUCGGUCACUGGUGACCUCAAGUGGGUGAAAGAAAAGUUUCAUCUACACGACUACAACGCCAACCAGUUCUGCUCAUAUUGCAAUGUGGUCAAACGUGAUCCGGCGGGGCGAAUCGAGCACACAAUCAGCGAUUUUCGACCUACAGCAGCGCACAUGCAGAUGCGCAUCACACACGAGGAUUACAUCCAAUCAACUGCUGCGGAGGAUCGAGCUUUGGAUAGCACUUGCUUCCCACGGUGCUCGAUGCUUACGUAUCUCUGCGAGCGCGGAUGGUUCGGAGAGUUACAAGGGCCCUAUGAGCAGCCCCUGAGCACUGCCCUCAACAAGGCGUUCAAAGCAUUCACAACAUGGAAUCGGCAGCAAACCAAACCUGUUAAUCAGCCUCGCUUCACCCCAGCCAGGAUCUGCAGAAAGGGUCGCACGUUUUUCCCCUCUUUGAGCUCGAAAGGCGCAGCCUCAAAAGCCCUCUCGUACUGGUUGGCUGAUGUUGCAAAAGAUUUCGCGCGUCUACCGCACGCUAGCAGCUUGGACAGGGAGUGCGCGAAGUGCAUGGUGACUUACGCAGAGAUGUUGCGCAUGAUUGACGUUUCCCCGCUUUUGUUGGAUGAUGCCACAGCUGGCCAUAUCUAUCAGUUGGGCCUGGUCCAUUUGCAGACGUACAGCAGUUUAAGGCACAAAUCCUCGCGGACCCUUGGCGCCCAGUCAGCCAACAGGAACUGCUGGCUACUCCUGCCGAAGCAUCACCAUAUGCUCCACAUGUUGACAGAUACAGUGUUGAGGGAUCGCUUGAACCCACGAUACCAAACACUUUUCUGUGCAGAAUCCUUUAUAGGAGCCAUCGGGCGCAUGGCGAAAUCUUGUCACCGUGCUAGCCUCCCAAGGAGGUUGUUGCAGCGCUACAAGAUUCGUUUUGGCAUGAUGAUGCGUGGACUGGGGCCUGCAUGA